AUGAGUGACAUCUUUUUUCGUAAGAUUGCAUUCAAUUCAACGAACGUUCAGCAUCUAUAUUGUGGACCACAUGUUGUAAUUCAUAACGAUGGGUGGCCGGAUGGGAUGAAAGUGGCAUUGAGAAUCCGGCCCCUGAGCAAAAAGGAAACCGAACAAAGUUGCAGUGAAUGCCUGUCAGCAAUACCGGACACCACUCAGAUACUCAUCGGCACCGACCGUUCCUUCACAUUCGAUUAUGUGUUUCCCUCAGAUGCGGAGCAAGAAGAUGUAUUCCAAGAAUGUGCUAAACCACUGCUAGACAAACUGGUGGAAGGAUACAAUGUGACUAUAUUAGCCUACGGUCAAACGGGGAGUGGUAAAACCUAUUCUAUGGGAACCACAUUAGGAGCAGAUAUAAAGCCUGAGCACAUGGGUAUUGUACCACGUGCCAUAAAUCAUCUAUUCAGCGAUUUGGCCGAGCGUAAGGCCAAGAACCCCGCAUACGAAUACGAGGUGUUGGUCUCCUUCUUGGAAUUAUAUAAUGAAGACCUCAUCGAUUUGUUAAACCCACAAAGUCGCGAAGGCGGUAAAAAAGGAAAGAGCGAGUUGAUGAUUAGAGAAGACGCAAAUGGUCAAAUAUAUUGGGCCGGUGUGAAAGAAGUGCCCGUCAGUUCUCCCGAGGAUCUCUUCGCACAACUCGCCAAAGGCUCACUGGCCAGAACCGUUGCAUACACAGAUAUGAACGCAGUAUCCUCCCGUUCACACGCAAUCUUCUCGGUAAUAUUAAAGCAAACAAAGAUCGAGAAUCCCGAAGAGAACAAAGAGAAUGAUCCGCAGGCUGCUGCUGCUGCUGAUUCUUCAUCAAAAAAGAGCAAGAAACCAAAGUCAUUAACAGCAAAAAUAACUUCAAAGUUUCAUUUUGUCGAUUUGGCGGGUUCAGAAAGGCUCAAGAGAACAAAUGCUUCAGGCGAUCGCGCAAAGGAAGGGAUUGCCAUAAACGGAGGUCUUUUGGCCCUCGGUAAUGUCAUCAGUGCACUUGGCGACGAGUCGCGGAAGGUAACGCAUAUACCGUAUAGAGAUUCAAAAUUGACCCGAUUACUGCAAGAUUCUCUUGGUGGUAACAGUCAAACUCUCAUGCUUGCAUGUGUGUCUCCUGCCGACUCAAACUUUAUGGAAACACUCAACACAUUGAAAUAUGCCAAUCGGGCACGUAACAUCAAGAAUAAAGUUAGUGUUAACGAGAGUUACGGAGGAAACUCGAUCGAGAUCAACCAACUAAGAGGACAGAUAAGCCGACUAAAAUUGGAGAUCCAAACUUUGCGCUCAAAUGGUCUCGACGAAGAAGCCACGCGCAAAUACGAAGAAGAAGUAAAGAGCCUUAAGAACGAGUUGGGCGUCGUAAAGAUGAAACUUCAAGCCGCCGAGCAACAGGUUAUCAUGGCCAACACCGAGAAGAAUAGCCUUCUCAUGGACAUUCAUUUUAACCGUCAAGACCUUUCAGAAUCUGAACGCGCCCAUCACAUGAAAACACAUCACAUCAUACAAUCUUACGAACAACAAAUAAUGGAUUACAAGAACCAGGUGGCCGAACUUCAAGGACAAGUUCAAACUUUGACCGUUCCACGUAAAUCCUCGUUCGCCGGUUCCACCCCUGGCAAAGAGAAGGGACACAUCAAAUUUUAUGACGAAUUGUUGGCCAACAAUAAAAAUAACUCGGAAGACGAGGGCCGUAAUAAUGAAAGCGAUGAUGGAGGUAAGAAAAGUAAGAAGAAAAAGAAGCGUUCAAAGAAGCUAAAGGCUCGAGCCAGCGGCCACUUCCCUAUCUCCGAAGAGUCUCCCAGCUUCAAUGGGCAACUUCCAAGUGAGCCACCAUCGUCCGAACAACACAUGAACAUCGCUCACAACUUGGAAGAGGCCAAGAAUAUGUUCUCUCACAUUGGUGAAGAAGGCGAGGAAAUUGAUGGAAACCAAGAAACGCGUCACAGCACUGACGGUAACGAGAGCGAUAGGCCCCGACGAAGGCUAAAAAGACACAGGGAGUCUCUCGAGAGAGUCAAAGAGCAAGUCAAACAACUAUUCAAUCUCAAGGACGACGAUCCUAUCUUGUGUCAAAUGAUCAAUACCCCGUCAUCGACCAAGAGCGAAAGUCACAUUGACCAGAUGUUGCUCAAUCACAUGAAUGCCAAGGAAGGAAAGCGAAGGUCGAGCAGCGUGUCUUUCAGCGAGAUUCAGACCAUUGAAGUUCCUUCGUGGGACGACUCGAACCACCAAGCGACAACUCAAUCAUCUAAUCGCCGCGGUUCAAACUCCAGCCGUUCGGUCAGUUUCUCCGAACAGAUCUCACCUAGCUCCACAAAGUCUUCUUCGCAAAAUAGCACCGGCGGAUCUUCACAGCAAAAUGCUGUCGCCUUCACUCGCAUGUUGCAUCAAAUACGAUCCGACAUCGCUGUCAAGGAACAACUCGUCAACCAAUUGGAGAAAGUCGAGGCCGAAUUCACUUAUAUGCGCGCCGAAUACGAACAGAGGUUGGCGCAGAUGCAAGAGAACCUGAUUGCUUUACAACACGAACGCGAUGCCGCCGUCAAACGCGCCGCAAGCGCGGGAACUGGUAUCAGCACUCGCGAUAAGCAUUCCAUCCUUGUCGAACUCAAGGCUCGUUAUGAGCACAAGAUGAAACAUCUCAUUCAGGAAAUCGGUGAUCUUCGCAGGAAGUACAACGAGGCCACCCAGAUGAACACCACCGCAAAGAGUCAGAAUGAGACCAUGAUCAAGAGCUUGAAGGCUCAGAUCGAGCAACUCAAGGCUGACAAGAUGCGCAUAAUCAAGCGCAUGAAGGAAGAUUCCGAUCGUUUCCGCGAAGCGAUUGAGCGUAACCAAAUCGAGAUUCAAACCCUGAGACGCAAGGAAAAGAAUUCUCAGGAGGUCAGGAGACGCCUCGAGAGGACCAACGAAUUGCAAAAGAUUAUGCUCGAAAAGAAACAACACGAGGCCAUCGAGAGUGCCGGAAAACUCAAGUCGGUAAUGACUCUUCUCAAGAAGACCUCCUCGUCAAAGGCGAUUGCCAAAGCAUUCCGAGGGAAGCGUCGAGUCAGCGUUAAAAAGGAAUCGCCAUCAAGGAGUGGCUCCGAUGACUUCAGCAACAUCUUCGAAGAUAUCUUUGGUAGCGGUUUUGAUAAGAAGAAGGCGUUAGACGAUGUCAUCGAGAAACAUAUCUCCAAUAGCCAGCAGGCGUCGCUGAUUGACGAAUUGUUGGAGAAGCGUGACAAACUCCUGAAAGAUAAACAGGAGAUCAUCAUUGCACGCGAGGCGGUAUCCGACGGGAGUCCCGAGGCUCUAGUUAUGGACGAAGACAUCGAGUCCGUGAAUUCGGAAAUUUCUUACGUCAAUGCCAAAAUCCGUGCAUUACAAGCGGACUUCGCUAGAAAUUCGACCGAACAACAAGUGGAGAAUGACGCGGUCCAACCCGAGGAGAAACAUCAUAGUACAAGCGGUAAGACGGGUAAGGAGAGAAAACGUUCUUUACCCGAUAAUCCCUAUGAUGUCGCGGUCUCCAUUCUGAGAAAUUUGGACGGGUUAGAGAGUCAAACCAUCUUGGAGUCGUUCUUCGAGGACAUAGUUAAACUUCGUGCCUGCGAUCGAUCCAAACAAAUGACGCUGGCACACCAGGAGAGGAACAUUGUCGAUCUAAGGAAUACGGUGUUGGCGAUGCGCAAAGCAAUAAUUCUCACGACCUCAGAGUAUGAAAAGAGAAAUAGGGAUUUGGAAGAGAAGUUGCGACACCUCACCGGGAGAUCAUCUAAUCCUUCGUCGCCGAAAGAUGAAAUGUCAACACUCUUCGAUCGUUUCUAUGAGACCACGCGGGCCGAGGUUGUGACUCAGAACGCCGUGUCGACACCCGGUCCUCUCGAGAAUACACCAUCCUCAAGACGCAACUCCUACUUCGUGGAAGCUGAGACCGCAGCCUUGUACUCAUCCCCCGUGGAAAUCGCUCCGGUAGACGUGCCUUCUCAGAUAAGUUCUGCGAUUCGAUCACGACCACCAAUACCAGAAGGUUGGUUAACCCUUCAACCACGUGAGAAAGAGGUGGCCGCGGAGACCGCGACAAAGACCCAACCGACGUCACCGGGCGCAUCAUCUAAGGCGGCCAAGGGUGAGAACCGAAAUAGCGUUGGAAGUAGUCACAGUCUUAAUAGGACGGGAUCAAGUGGCCGACGAUUAAAACGACCACCGUCACUUGUCGGUCCGAUCAGUCCAAAGGAGGAUUUCGGAGAAACUCCACGCACGCCAACCACCGAACGCACCAACAAGUCCAUCCAACAUGUGAAACAAUCGUCGACACGUCGAAGUUCACUUCGUGACACACCUUCUCAUAGUCGAAAUAACAGUUCAAACGUGGAAUCCUACGGUGAUUCUACUCACGAAAGUCCACGUGACAGUGGGUACUUUAGCAGCGCCGACAAACAUGGUAGCAUGGUUCGUCAAGGAUCCAAAGAACUUUCUCAUACGCGACAAACCAGCUCUCCAGAUUUUGAUGAUAACGCAAGUGUAACGAGUGAACACAGAGGGCAACACGCGCAUACAAGAUCCGAGACGCCAACGGAAGGCAAUGUAUAUGAUAGGCUGUCGAGAAGUCACACGCACUCAAGCUCUGCAAAGAGCACACCCACGAAAAAGGCAUUGAAAGAAUAUGGUGCCAAAGGAGGACACGUGAAACAGAACAGCGGAGGAGUGAACGCAGCUUUGGCGGCAUUGGAGGGUAAAAGGGACGAAUACGGUGCAUCAAUUUCCGAGCAAGUAGAAAUAAUUUAA